AUGGCUACCGUCAACAUCCGCCGCGACAACCCUGACCCCUUCUAUCGCUACAAGAUGGAGCGUAUCCAGUCUAAGAUAGAAGGCAAGGGCAACGGCAUCAAGACUGUCAUUGUCAACCUGAGCAGCGUCGCUCAGUCCCUCGCCCGCCCACCUGCUCACGUCAUCAAGUACUUCGGCUUCGAGCUUGGAGCCCAGACCAACACCAAUCCCAAUGACGAUCGCUGGAUCAUCAACGGCGCUCAUGAUGCCAGCAAGCUCCAGGACUACCUCGACGGCUUCAUCUCCAAGUUUGUUCUCUGCAAGAAGUGCAAGAACCCCGAGACCGAGGUCCACAUCAAAGAUGGCCAUAUCACGCUCGACUGCAAAGCCUGCGGCAAAAUCUCUGACGUCGAUGCUCGCCUGAAGCUCAGCUCCUUCAUCUUGAAGAAUGAGCCCAAGAAGGGCAAGAAGGACAAGUCCAGCAAGAAGGCUGAACGCCGUGCUCGCAAGGAGGCCGAAGCCAGGGGCGAGGUUGGCUCGCCCGAUGGUGGCAGCCCUGGUGACAGCGCAGAUGAUAACGGUGACGACGACGGCGCACUCGAGGCUGGAAGUGAUGACGAGCUCACUCGCCAGAUCCACGACGGCGCCAAGGAGAUUGAGGAAGAGGAGGCCAAGGAGGUCGAGUGGUCCAUUGACACUUCUGAGGAGGCUAUCCGAGCCCGUGCCCAGGAGCUUCCAGAAGACCUCAAGCGUGCUCUUGUGAUCGAGGACGAUGAGGAUGGUGAGGGCGGUUCCAACUACGAUGUUUUCGGCAAGUGGAUCAUCGACACUGCCGCGGAGAAGGGCGGCGUCGACAAUCUUGACAAUGUCGACAUCUACAUCAAGGCCAAGGAGCUCAGUAUCGAGACGAAGCAUCGCACCCUUACCGUCAUUCCCCAGACGCUCUUCACUGAGAAGAUUGUCAAGCAAAUCGAUGGCCGUGCUCCCAUGCUGAAGAAGCUGAUCACGUCGGAGAAGCACGAGAAGGCUUUCCUCGGCGGCACUGAGCGCUUCGUCGGCAACGACAAGCCUGAGCUUGUCGGGCAGAUCUCCGCCAUCUUGCUCAAGUACUACGAGAACGACCUUGUUUCUGAGGAAGUUCUCAAGUCGUGGUGCGCCCGGGCCAGCAAGAAGUACGUCGAUAUCAAGACGAGCAAGAGCGUUCGCAAGUCGGCCGAGAAGUUCAAGGAGUGGCUUGAGAACGCCGAGAGCGACGAGGAGGACUCCGAGUAG